AUGUGGGAGGCUCAGUUCCUGGUUCUGCUGCUUCUGCAACUGCGGUGGGUGGCUCCAGUGGAGGCUCCAGGGUCUGGGACAGAGGUCCCGACGGUGGUGUGGGCCCAGGAGGGGGCUCCGGCCCAGCUCCCCUGCAGCCCCACAACCUCUCUCCAGGAUGUCAGCCUUCUGCGAACCGCAGGGGUCACUUGGCACCACCUACCAGACAGCGGCCCUCCGGCGCCCGCGCCCAGCCUGCGCCCCGCCGCGCCCUCCGCCCGGGGCCCAGGGCCGCGGCGCUACGUGGUGCUGAUGCGGGCGGCCGGCGGCCUGCGCAGCGGGAGGCCCCCCCUGCAGCCCCGCGUGCAGCUGGACGAGCGCGGCCUCCAGCGCGGGGACUUCUCGCUGUGGCUGCGCCCGGCCCGACGCGCCGACGCCGGCGAGUACAGCGCGGCCGUGCACCUCCGGGACCGCUCCCUCGCCUGCCGCCUCCGUCUGCGCGUGGGCCAGGCCUCCAUGACUGCCAGCCCCCCAGGGUCCCUCAGGAUCUCCGACUGGGUCAUUUUGAACUGCUCCUUCAGCCGCCCUGACCUGCCAGCCUCUGUGCACUGGUUCCAGGGCAGAGUCCCUGUUCACGAGUCCCCCCAUCACCACUUAGCUGGAAGCUUCCUCUUCCUGCCCCAAGUCAGCCCCUCAGACUCUGGGCCGUGGGGCUGCACCCUCACCUACAGAGAUGGCUUCAGUGUCUCCCUCACGUACAACCUCACCGUUCUGGGUCUGGAGCCCUCAGUGCCUCUGACGGUGUAUGCUGGAGCAGGUUCCAGGGUGGACCUACCUUGCCGCCUGCCCCCCGGUGUGGGGACCCCGUCUUCUCUCACUGCCAAGUGGACCCCUCCCGGGGGAGGCCCUGACCUCCUGGUGGCUGGAGACCAUGGCAACUUUACCCUCCAACUGGAGGCUGUGAGCCAGGCCCAGGCUGGGGCCUACACCUGCCGCAUCCAUCUGCCCGGACAGCAGCUCAGUGCCACGGUCACUCUGGCAGUCAUCACAGUGACUCCCAAAUCCUCUGGGUUAACUGGCAAGCUGAGAAGACUGCUUUGUGAGGUGACCCCGGCGUCGGGACGAGAGCACUUUGUGUGGAGCCCCCUGGAUAAGCACUCUUGGAGAGGUUCCCCAGGACCCUGGCUGGAGAUGCAGGAGGCCAGACUCCUUUCUCAGCCCUGGCAGUGCCAUGUGUACCGGGGAGAGAUGCUUCUCGGGACAGCGGUGUACCUCCCUGAGCCAGCUGGCCCAGGUGCCCGGCGCUCUGGGAGGGCCCCAGGGGCCCUGAAAACAGGCCAUCUCCCUCUCUUUCUCAUCCUUGGUAUCCUCUUUCUGCUCCUUUUGAUGACUGGAGCCUUUGGUUUUCACCUUUGGAGAAGACAGUGGCGUCCAAGAAGAUUCUCUGCCUUGGAGCAUGGGACUCACCCACCUCAGGCUCAGAGCAAGAUAGGGGAGCCGGAGCCGGAGCCGGAGCUGGAGCUGGAGCCGGAGCCGGAGAAGCUCUGA